AUGGCCGAAAAAGUUUAUUUAGUCAAUCCCCAAACCGGUAGUCGUCAUCGUAUUAAUGAUUGUAAACGUAGUCUACAACCAUCGACUGCACUGAAAUUUUCAUCUGCACGAAAAUAUCCAAAUACAGCUUUACCAGAAUCAGUUGAUUUAAGUCCAGGAAUGACGGCAGUGGAAUUACAAGGGGAUACUUCUGCAUGUGUUGGUAAUGCAUUGGCUGCUGCCUAUGAAUUUUUAAUAAAGAAAAAAACUGGAAAAGAUCUUGAUGUUAGCCGUCUAUUUAUUUAUUAUAAUGGUCGUAUAAAAGAUGAACCCAAUAUGGCCUAUAUGGAAGAUUCAGGUUGUUCAAUAACGUCUGGUAUCGCAGGAUUAAAAGAAUAUGGUUGUUGUAAAGAAGAUCAAUUUCCAUAUGAUAUCAAUAAAAUUAAUGAACAACCACCGGCUCAUUGUUAUGCUGAAGCUGUAAACUAUCGUAUAACAAAUGGCAUGAAAUUAAAUGUUGAUUUAUAUGAAAUGAAAGCAUGUUUAGCACAAGGGUAUCCAUUUGCAUUUGGUCUUGCAACAUUUCAAUCGUUUGCCGAUGCUGAAACAAAUGGUGGAAUUGUAUCAACGCCAAAAUCCGAAGAACUUGAAAACAGUCCAGGUGAUUUACAUGCAAUGCUAGCAGUUGGAUAUAUUGAUCAAUCACAACAGUUCAUUGUUAAAAAUUCAUGGGGACCACAAUGGGGUGAUAAAGGAUAUGGUUACAUUCCUUAUCAAUAUAUGAGUAAUCCAAAAUAUUGUUCUGAUUUACAUACAAUAAAAACUAUUUCGGAAGUUUCUCGUCAUCGAAAAGAACUACAAAUUCAAAAUACAAACAUUCAGAAUACUCAAACUAAACAUCAUGAUUAUGCAUUAGGCCAUGUUACAUCUCCUACAAGUUGUAUAAAUAAAGAUGUGUCAGUUGAUGAUGAUGAUGAUGAUGAUGAUGAUGACGAAAGCGACUAUUACAAGGAUAAUAAAUUUUGGAAAACAGAACGAUCAGAAUAUAUUGGUAAUGUAGUUGUAAAAUGUCAAGAAAUACAUCAUAAAAAUAAUCAUGGUCAUGCAGCAUCACCAAAACAAUUUCGUCCUUAUAUUGAAAGAAUACCACAAAUAAAUAAUUCAUCCAAAUCGUUUAUACUUUGGAUUGAUAAAAAAAAUGCAGAUAAUUCUGAUGUUGCAAAUCAAUUAAUAAGUGAUGGAAAAAUUCAUGUCGAUUUUCGUGAUACAUUUGCAAUGGCACAAGAUCAUAUAAGACAAAUUCUAAAUAAAAUCAGAUCACCAUCAACAGCAUUUCAAAUAGUAUGUCGUGGUUAUUAUAAACAAGAAAAUAAAAAUCCAUUUGAUUUAUUAUUAUUCUUAAAUAAGAAUAAUUUAAAACAUAUACGAGUUCUUGUUUUUACUAAUGAUAAACAAGGUUUAAUAAAUCAUUUGGAAUAUCAAGCACCAUCAGUUGGUCUUCUUGAUUGGAAAGAUCGUUUAUAUAUAACAAGUGAUUCAAAAAAAUUAAUAACAAAAUGUAGAUCGAAUAUUGAAAAAAAAACAUCAUAA